GCGUCCGUACUGAGACCCAACCACAAAAAUCUCACCUCCUCCUCCUCCUCCCUCUCCCACCGCGGCCUCCUCCUGCUACCUGGGAGCCACGCGCCCCCGGCCUCCACCUCGCCGCCCUCCUCGCCGGCGGCCGCCACGCGCUUAUGGUGAGUGCACAGUGAGCUACAAGUUACCAUUAUCAGAAUGGAUGGUAGUAAUGAGAAUAUCCAAUUCUCAUGGGGGAAGAAGAGAGCAAAAGGUGGUAUUAAGAUGGAUACACAGUUUUAUGACUCCUUCACAUUUGACAAUGUGAAGUACUCACUGUAUGACAAUGUAUAUCUUUUUAAGAGUGGUGAGUCUGAACCUUACAUUGGAAAGAUAAUAAAGAUAUGGCAGCAAAAUCAGGCUAAGAAAGUAAAGAUUCUUUGGUUUUUUCUCCCGGAUGAGAUUCGAAAACAUUUAAGUGGCCCUGUAAUGGAAAAGGAGAUAUUUCUUGCUUGUGGUGAAGGCGUUGGCCUUGCUGAUAUCAACCCACUGGAAGCUAUUGGUGGGAAAUGCACUGUGCUUUGCAUUUCAAAGGAUGAGAGGAAUCGUCAACCUUCCCCCAGGGAACUAGCAAUGGCUGAUUAUAUCUUCUACAGGUUUUUUGAUGUUAACAGUUGCACACUUUCUGAACAAUUACCUGAGAAAAUUGCAGGGGUGGAAGGAAAUCUUUUGCUUAAUUCAAAAGUUGAGCAAGUGACAUCCUGUUCAGACCAGGAAGUGCAUGGUGUUGAUCAGAAGAUGCUUAAUGUCCCAGUUCCCCUUCCCCAGUCAACGGUUAUGGAGGAUGAAAGUCCAGUUGCUGCAGUUUCCCUUCCCCCGUCAGUAUUCAAGGAGGAAAAUGUGGCUUCAGCCAUUCCCUUUCCCCAGCCAGUGGUCAAGGAGGAAAGUGCGGCUGCUGCCAUUCCCCCUCCCCAUGUAGCACUGAAAGAGGAGAGUGUGUCCAAAUCUACAGAGAACAUUACCAAACCUGCACAGAAAGUUCUCCCUGGGGAGAGGCCACCAAAGAGGGUCAAAUUUUCUGAAAAUGUUACAGUGCAAAAUGUGCCAUUAGAUGUUCCUGAAAGACCAAGUCGCACUGGACCUUUGGAACUAGCAGGUAGACAAGCUGACAGAAGCAAAUGGUUCAAGAUUCCAUGGGAUACCAGACUACGAAAUGCUGAUGAGCAGGGGACACUUGUGUACAUUCAAAAUCUUGACAUACAGUUUGCAGCUGCUGACAUAGAGGAGCUUAUACGUGAUGCUUUACAACUAAAUUGUAUCGCUAAGCCUAUUAACCACCCAACUUAUGAUGAUCCAAACAAUGGAAAAGCAUAUGCUAUAUUCAAAACAAAAAGUGCCGCAGACUCUGCUAUUUCAAAAAUUAAUUCAGGCUUGGUGGUCGGUGGAAGACCCCUUUAUUGCAGCAAAGGAUUGCUUAAGGUUCCAAAACCUUCAGAAACUCUUCUCGGGCACUUAACAAUCAACAAUAUUAGAAUGGGUAUAAGACAACGAGAAGAACAGAAGAAGGCAGUUUCAACCUCGCAUUGUUCUCAACCCAAUACAAUGGAGUAUGAUUUGGCCUUGGAUUGGAUGCUUGUCCGAGCAAAGCAAGAAACGAAAUUUAGGACACUUCACAAGAAGCAUAAAGAUGAGAGGAAGACCUUUGCGAGUAAGAUGGGAAAGUAAGUGGCUUCCAUGGAUUUGGUUAAGCGAUGGGAACUGUCCUGUUCCGUGCUUAUCUUGGAGUCCUCUACUGAGUACUGACUAUCAUUCCUCGGAGCUUUAUGCACUUUUUGCCUGAAGCAACACUUAUCUGCGAGUUUUUCUGCUGCGCAAGAAUGAAAUGCAACGACCAUUUGAGGGGGACAACUAACUGCACCACACUGACUCUGCUCAUGUUCCGUAGAGCAUUAUUUUUAGAAAGGAAAGAAUUGUGCCAUAGCUUAAGAAACCAAAGUAACAUUGGUAGAAGUAGCCCUUGCAGCAAGUUAGGAAAGCCAGAGGCUGUUUUAGGUUACCCCGCACAUCAAUUUGAUCUCACAUGGACACAUCAGUUAGAUCUGUUGCUCCAUGUUAGAUAGCAAAUCAACGCGUGCCGUCAUGAAAUGUGUAUGUAUAUAUUUUUAAAUUCAUGACCUGGCUAUUAGUUCAUUCAUGUGACUGCUUAUGUGUCUUGAGUUACAAGUUA